CUUCUCCUCCACUUCCCAGUGUUCCGGUUGGGGAACUCGGCCGAAGCGUUGGAAGCCGCCAAGCGGGCCAUCCACCUGUCGGACCUGGUGCUGCGGUUCUGCAUCACGGUCAGCCACCUGAACCGGGCCAUGUACCUGGGCUGCGACAACCUGCUGUGGGCCGGCAAGGUGGGGCUGGCCACCAAGCUGGACCAGGACAAGUGGAGUCAGCGCUCAUUCAGGUACUACCUGUUUGCACUCAUCAUGAACCUGAGCCGCGACGCCUACGAGAUCGCCGCGCUGGCGCAGCGGGAGGCGCGGGCCCGGAGCAAGGUGGGCGCCGAGGCCGACGGCAGCGGUGGGAUGCCCUCCGGAGCCAGCGCCGCCCUGCUGGCCGGCAGCCUGCGAGCACGCCUGGGGCUGCUCUGCCACGUGCUGAAGGCCAACCCGCCGCUGCUCCUGGACGUGCUGAAGAACUGCUGCGACCUGUUCAUCCCCCUGGACCGGCUGGGCCUGCUCAAGACCAGCCCCGGGGUGGUGGCCUUUUGCGGGCUCUCGUCGUCCGUCCUCUCGAUCCUCACGAUUUCCCAGCCCUGGCUGAAACUGAAGCCGUGACAGAGUCGUGGGGAGCCGGGCCCCCCCCACCUGACUGAGGGGACAGUGCGGACAGUAAAAGGCUCCAUUUUCUUUCUGUUGCUAAUUAAAAACCUGAUUCGCCCCUGCUAUGCCGGCCAGCAGAGGCAGGAUGGAAUAGGUGCGUGCGGCUGCCAGAAAGCAAAGUCUUGUGUGUUUAGCCAACGACCAACACAAUCCGCUGGCUCAAGAAAGCGGGCGACAGAAUCUGCUGAGUCGGUGAGGGACGGCCCAGCAGAAUCCACUGGCUCGACGAAGCGACAAGCGGAAUCUGCUGACCCGCGAAGAAACGACCAGCAGCGUCCGCUGCGUCAUCAAGAAGGGGCCCAGCAGCAGAACCGGCUGACUCAGCAAAGUGACCAGCUGGCUCGACCAAAAAGGCCGAGCGAACGACAGAAUCUGCUGACUCAACGGAAAGAAAAGGCGGGAUCUGCUGACUCGGCAGGAAAUGACUGGCGAAUUCUGCUGAUUCGACGGUAAACACGACCCGCCGUAUCCGACUGAUUGAUUGAUUGAACAAAGCGAGAGCUGUGGGCCUGGGCACGACGGUGACAGGAGAGCCCGUGACUCCCGUGCCUCGUCGCUGAUCAGGAACACGCCCCCACAACCCCUCCCCCCAAA